AUGUCCCUGCUUGCAGUUAAGAGCAAGUUUAACGCCGAAUUUAGGCGGUUUAGUCUAGAUCGCUCGACAAUAAAAAAGUUUGAGGAUCUAUAUCAAGUCGUAGAAAAGGCGCAUGGACUGUAUAACGUAAAGUUCAUACUCCAGUAUGUCGACCCCAAAGAAAACGCGUUGCUUCCUAUUAAUAACGAUAAAAAUUGUGAAAGGGCUUUAUCAGUCGCUUUUGAUCCUCUUCGACUUUUAAUUCAACUGAAAGGCGAAAGUUAUGGUGAAAUCAAGGGAUAUAAACCAUCAGGGACAGUCUUCUUACGAAAAAAACCAGCGGAGCUUGUGAGAUCUAUUGGAUCAGAGAGACCCAAGCCUGGACAUCAGUCGAUAAUACUUUGUGACGAUUUUCACAAGGUUUCGUCCAUAAUUGACGAUGGAACCGUUCCCGAAUGCAUGCGUAGGGUUCGUCUCAUUCGGACAGGUUCAAAACCGUUGGGUUUCUACAUCCGAGAUGGAUUCAGUAUUCGAGCGACUCCAACAGGCGUCCAGCAUGUGCCCGGGAUUUUCAUAUCACGACUCCUUCCUGGCGGUCUGGCCGAAUCCACCGGCCUUCUAGCCGUCAAAGAUGAAGUUAUUGAAGUCAACGGAAUUGAGGUAUUUGGGAAGACUCUGGACCAGGUAACCGACAUGAUGGUCGCGAACAGCUCGAAUCUUAUAAUCACCGUGAAACCUUUCAACCAAAAGACCUGCAUCCGUCGUUCCAAGUUUAUGGCUCCGGCCUCGGAUUCGAGUAUCGCCUCACAAGCCUCUUCAGCAGACUCCCGGAAGCAGCCACCGCAAUCAUCACAGCCCCAAUCUCAAAAGCAGCGGGACUCCCCAACGCCGGUGGCCGAAGUCCCUGGAACCAUUGAUAUUUGA